GCUCUCUGCUAGUCUGCUAACUAUACCUCUGUCUCAUGCACAUCAACUGCCAAACACUCAAGGAGAAUGAGGAGGGCAGAAGGACUCUGGAUCAGUUUACUUUUACUGGGGUUUACAAACGGAGGUCAACCAGAUCAGCAGCAAGUUUUAUUCAGUGACGGAAUCCAACUCUUGGUAGAGGGUACUUCGAAUUCCACCGCUCCCAGGGUGCUUGUCUUCCUGCCUGCCAGGGUCGAAAAAACUUCGCAGAAUGUCACGCUGUUAUGUUUAGCCCGUGGGCUCUUCGCCGGUCUUGUGGAUCUCACUUGGAUGAUCAACGACACUGUGGUGACCACGGCGGGCAGCGUCGCUCAAGUAAUUAGAGAACCAAACGGUUCAUAUACUGCUACCGGAUUCCUUGUUAUUGCAACCACCGUAUGGAGCCCGAGAAACAUCUACAAGUGCGCUGCAAUUCAGGGUAGCCAAGUUUAUGAAGGAAGCGCGCAAACCUCUUGCUUCUCGGACACGAGUUAAAUAGGCAAUGCAUUUUCCGAGUUUCUCACAAAUCUAUAAAUACAUUUCUAAUAAAUGACAUUACAAGA